GUAAUCUUUCAUAAUAUAAUGAACUAAGGUUCAAAUUUUCAUUGAAAGAGAUAUUUACAUUUAGUGUGGCUCAAGAUUGUGGAAAACCAACAACAAGAAAAAGAUAUAAUCAUAAUUAUAUUUCUUGAUCGGUGCUCCAAGUCUGGCCGAGGACAACAGGGAGGCCUGCAUGAGCUCCCCCGACCUCUCCUCCCUGUGGCUGUCAACGCCGCAAUCCGCCACUCCGGGACCCGACACGAGCAGAGCUCCGCCGCCUCCGCCGCCGCAAUCUCAGUCUCCUCUACAAAGGCGGUUGCAGACGCUACUAGAAGGAGCUAGAGAAAGCUGGACCUAUGCAAUUUUCUGGGAGUCUUCUCACGACAACUUCUCCGGCGCUACCCUUCUCCGUUGGGGCGACGGCUAUUACCAGGGCGAGGAAGAGGACAAAGCCAAAGGCAAAGCUCCCAAAACGACGACGUCUGCAGAACAGGCUCGCCGCAAGAAGGUUCUUCUCGAGCUCAACUCCUUAAUUUCGGGGCCCUCGGUCUCCGCCGAUGACGUGGACGAAGAGGUCACCGACACCGUGUGGUUCUUUCUGCUGUCCAUGACUCAGUCUUUUGCUAACGGCACCACCCUCCCGGGCCAGGCUUUUUUCAACUCGACCCCGGUCUGGGUCGCCGGGUCCGACCGGUUAUCUGAAUUGGCCUGCGAACGGGCCCGGCAGGGGCGGAUGUAUGGGCUUCGGACUCUGGUUUGCAUACCUUCCGCAAACGGCGUCGUUGAACUCGCUUCCACCGAGGUGAUUUUCCAGAACCCUGAUCUCAUGAACAAAGUGCUCGAUUUGUUCAACUUCAACGCAGUGGACGGCCAUCCCACUCUACCACCACGACAACGGAAAGAAAAGAGGUUGUGUGAAAGAGGUAUGCAGAACCGUGAGAGCAGCUUAACUGAGCAAUCUCGAGGCAAAGAGAAGAUAAGUGAUUUAAAAUGCUCAUGGCCCCUAUCAGAAAGUUCUGAUGGAGGCAGUGAUAGCACAUUUUCACAUUCAGACGACUAUUCUGGCCCCUCAUGAAAUUUAUCAUCAUAUAUAGUUUCCAUUAAUGAAAUUUGGUUUUUAACUUCUA